GUGUGUGUGUGUGUGUGUGAACAGCACUGUGUCUGUUUCGGAAAGCGCUCUGGGGAGGUCUUGUCCCUAGGGGGCGGAGCGCCAGGGACCGAGGCUCCGGCUCCGAGUCGGGGCAGAGUCCCGCUGAGUCCGAGCGCUGCUGAGGCAGCUGGCGAGACGGCACGUCUGGAGGCGAGGCGGGAGCACUGAAAGGAGGCCGGCGAGCCCGCUACCCCGGCUCGCUUUCUGUUCAGGUUCGUGGGCCUGCAGAGGAGAGACUCGAACUCGUGGAACCCACGCACCGUGGAGCCUGUCCGCCCAGUCCGUCCGGGGUGCGCGACAAGGAGAGCUAGGUUCUUGCCGCUGCGCGCUCGACAGGCGUCGGCUGUGUCGGGAGCGCGCCCGCCGCCCCUCAGCUGCCCGGCCCGGAGCCCUAGACGCGCGCACCAUGAGCGGUGGUGAAGUGGUCUGCUCCGGAUGGCUCCGCAAGUCCCCCCCGGAGAAAAAGUUGAAGCGUUAUGCAUGGAAGAGGAGAUGGUUCGUGUUACGCAGUGGCCGUUUAACUGGAGAUCCAGAUGUUUUGGAAUAUUACAAAAAUGAUCAUGCCAAGAAGCCUAUUCGUAUUAUUGAUUUAAAUUUAUGUCAACAAGUAGAUGCUGGAUUGACAUUUAACAAAAAAGAGUUUGAAAACAGCUACAUUUUUGAUAUCAACACUAUUGACCGGAUUUUCUACUUGGUAGCAGACAGCGAGGAGGAGAUGAAUAAGUGGGUUCGUUGUAUUUGUGACAUCUGUGGGUUUAAUCCAACAGAAGAAGAUCCUGUAAAGCCACCUGGCAGCUCCUUACAAGCACCAGCUGAUUUACCUUUAGCUAUAAAUACAGCACCACCAUCCACCCAGGCGGAUUCAUCCUCUGCUACUCUGCCUCCUCCAUAUCAGCUAAUCAAUGUUCCACCACACCUGGAAACUCUUGGCAUUCAGGAGGAUCCUCAAGACUACCUGUUGCUCAUCAACUGUCAAAGCAAGAAACCCGAACCCACCAGAACACACGCUGAUUCUGCAAAAUCCACCUCUUCUGAAACAGACUGCAAUGAUAACGUCCCUUCUCAUAAAAAUCCUGCUUCCUCCCAGAGCAAACAUGGAAUGAAUGGCUUUUUUCAGCAGCAAAUGAUAUACGACUCUCCACCUUCACGUGCCACAUCUGCUUCAGUUGACUCCAGCCUUUAUAACCUGCCCAGAAGUUAUUCCCAUGAUGUUUUACCAAAGGUGUCUCCGUCAAGUACUGAAGCAGAUGGAGAACUCUAUGUUUUUAAUACCCCAUCUGGGACAUCGAGUGUAGAGACUCAAAUGAGGCAUGUAUCUAUUAGUUAUGACAUUCCUCCAACACCUGGUAAUACUUAUCAGAUUCCACGAACAUUUCCAGAAGGAACCUUGGGACAGACAUCAAAGCUAGACACUAUUCCAGAUAUUCCUCCACCUCGGCCACCGAAACCACAUCCAGCUCAUGACCGAUCUCCUGUGGAAACGUGUAGUAUCCCACGCACCGCCUCAGACACUGACAAUAGUUACUGUAUCCCUACAGCAGGGAUGCCGCCAUCACGUAGUAAUACCAUUUCCACUGUGGAUUUAAACAAAUUGCGAAAAGAUGCUAGUUCUCAAGACUGCUAUGAUAUUCCACGGACAUUUCCAAGUGAUAGAUCUAGUUCACUUGAAGGCUUCCAUAACCAUUUUAAAGUCAAAAAUGUGUUGACAGUGGGAAGUGUUUCAAGUGAAGAACUGGAUGAAAAUUACGUCCCAAUGAAUCCCAAUUCACCACCACGACAACAUUCCAGCAGUUUUACAGAACCAAUUCAGGAAGCCAAUUAUGUGCCAAUGACUCCAGGAACAUUUGAUUUUUCCUCAUUUGGGAUGCAAGUUCCUCCUCCUGCUCAUAUGGGCUUCAGGUCCAGCCCAAAAACCCCUCCCAGAAGGCCAGUUCCUGUUGCAGACUGUGAACCACCCCCCGUGGAUAGGAACCUCAAGCCAGACAGAAAAGGUCAAAGUCCUAAAAUUUUAAGACUCAAACCCCAUGGUUUAGAGCGAACUGAUUCACAAACCAUAGGUGACUUUGCUACAAGAAGAAAGGUCAAGCCAGCACCUUUAGAAAUAAAACCUUUGCCAGAAUGGGAAGAAUUACAAGCCCCAGUUAGAUCUCCCAUCACUAGGAGUUUUGCUCGAGACUCUUCUAGGUUUCCCAUGUCCCCGCGACCGGAUUCAGUGCAUAGCACAACUUCAAGCAGUGACUCACAUGACAGUGAAGAGAAUUAUGUUCCCAUGAACCCAAACCUGUCCAGUGAAGACCCAAAUCUCUUUGGCAGUAACAGUCUUGAUGGAGGAAGCAGCCCUAUGAUCAAGCCCAAAGGGGACAAACAGGUGGAAUACCUAGAUCUCGACUUGGAUUCUGGGAAAUCCACACCACCACGUAAGCAAAAGAGCAGUGGCUCAGGCAGCAGUGUAGCAGAUGAGAGAGUGGAUUAUGUUGUUGUUGACCAACAGAAGACCUUGGCCCUAAAGAGUACCCGGGAAGCCUGGACAGAUGGGAGACAGUCCACAGAAUCAGAAACACCAACAAAGAGUGUGAAAUGAAAAUAUUGCCUUGCCAUUUCUGAACAAAAGAAAACUGAAUUGUAAAGAUAAAUCCCUUUUGAAGAAUGACUUGACACUUCUACUGUAGGUAGAUCCUCAAAUGAAUAGAGUUGAAGUCAAAGGACCUUUCUGACAUAAUCAAGCAAUUUAGACUUAAGUGGUGCUUUGUGGUAUCUGAACAAUUCAUAACAUGUAAAUAAUGUGGGAAAAUAGUAUUGUUUAGCUCCCAGAGAAACGUUUGUUCCAUAGUUAACACACUCGUAGUAUUACUGUAUUUAUGCACUUUUUCAUCUAAAACAUUGUUUCAGGUAUUCCCAGUGUACCUUACCAUAAUUCCUUUGGGAGUUCUUGUUUGUUGUCACACUACUUUAUAUAACAAUACUAAGUCAACUAAGCUACUUUUAGAUUUGGAAAUUGCUGUUUAAACUACAGUCUAACAACAUUAAAAUGAGAGGUAGAUUCACAAGUUAACUUUCUAACUGAAGCUUCAGGUGAUAACCAUUAGCUUAUACUUGGACUCAUCAUUUGUUGCCUUCCAAAAUGCUGAGCAUAAUGUAUAUACUGGUGUCAGGACCUAGUUCUCUGGUUAAUGUAUGUUUAGUUUUUAAUGGUGGAACUUUGUUAUAUUUUGUUAAUUACAGUGUUUUUGGUUCAUUGAGUGAAGAUUCCGCCGGGUGGGAUCUUGCACCUUUGAAAGACUGAAUAAUUACACUACCAAGGAAGCCUGCAAAUCAUUGAUGGCAUGCAGUGAUGAUGUGCUCUUACACUUGUUAACAUGUAUUAAGUGUUAUUUGCAAAAGGUAGAUUAUGUAACUAAUCAGGUACGUACCGGGCAGUGAUGUGCUAAUCCACUGAUCAGGUUUAGACAAUGAGCUUUGGUUGUGUUCUUGUUAGUCCUAAUACUGGUUUUCAGUUUGGAAUUAAUAAAGCAGUUGACAUUCACUGUUAGUUACAGCAA